GGAUCCGGCCGCGCCUCAGCUGGAUCCGGCCGUGAGCUCGCCGGACCCGGCGCCCGCGCCAGUGGAGGCGACGCGGCUGGUUCUGCUGCUGGGACCCGGUGGUGGAGGAGGUCGGCGGGGGCGGAGAAUGUGACCAGGCGCUGUCGCGGCUCUCUGUCGGGAAUGGCUAUAGGAGGGAGCAGCAGCGGUGUCGGCGGCGGCGGCGGCAGCACCAGGCCGGCGAAUGGCACGGCUGCCGUGAACGCUGCCGCGACGGCGGCUGGCUCGGCGGAGGCCAGAUUCCACUCCCAGCCACCGCGGCAGGAUAGGCGGAGUAGAUGGGCUGGCUGCCUUUCUGGCUUGUCAUGUUUUGGAUCACAAAAGGGUGGGAAGCGUAUAGUUCCUGCUGCACGUAUACCUGAUGGGAAUGCGUCAACUAGCCGUGGAAAUGCACACCAAUCUGGUGGCAAUUCCAACCAAAAUGCUGCUCUGAAUUUGUCUCUUCUUGCUCCACCUUCUUCUCCAGCAUCCUUCUCAAAUUCUGCAAUUCCUUCGACUGCCCAAUCACCUAGUAAUUGCUUCCUGUCAAUAUCUGCAAACUCUCCGGGUGGACCAACAUCUAAUAUGUUUGCUGUUGGACCAUAUGCUAACGAGCCUCAGCUUGUCUCACCACCUGUCUUCUCAACUUACACAACUGAGCCUUCCACAGCACCACUGACCCCUCCACCUGAGCUAGCUCAUGCAACUACUCCCUCCUCUCCUGAUGUUCCAUAUGCUCGGUUUCUUUUGUCAUCUAUGCAUCUUAAAACUGCUGGCAAAGAUCACAACAUGCAGUACUUAUCUACAACAUAUUCAGGAGGUUCAGGGCUCCAGGCAUCUUAUCCACUUUACCCAGAAAGCCCUUCCAGCAGCCUCAUAUCACCUGCUUCAGCAACUCCAAGGACUGGUCUUUCAUCACCUAUCCCUGAGCAAGAGACUACACGUUGGAAUAAAACAUCUAGGUCUGCCUGUGACACACCAUAUUCUAGGGCUUCGCCCAUCCCUGAGCAAGAGGUCCCCACUGCAGAGUGGAAGACUUCCAGGUCUGCCUGUGAUACACCAUAUUCCAGGAAUUCACCGUCCAAUAUUUUUGGGCUUGAUUCAGCUGCCUCUAGAAACUACAUGUUAGAUAAUAACUUCUUUCGGCCAGCUGCAUCUGCCCAGUUCUACCUGGAUCAGGCUCAGCAGUCAUUUCCAUAUAAUAAUGGUGGGAGGCUUAGUGUCUCAAGGGACAAGCAAGAUGCUGAGGAGGUUGAAGCAUACAGAGCAUCUUUUGGGUUCAGCGCAGAUGAAAUCGUUACAACUCAACCUUAUGUGGAGAUACCAGAUGCGCUUGAUGAGGGGUUCAGUAUAUCUCCAUUUGGAAACAAUGCUCCUGCUACCGAGGUGGAUAAAUCACUUUUCAAUGUAAAAGUGAUCACAAGCCCAAAGAAACCUGCAGACCAGCUUUCCAUUGAGUCUCCACAAAAUGUAGUGCACUUGGACAUAUUCAAAGGAACAAAAGGAGGGGAUCUAUCCGAGGAUGAAGGGAUUGUGAAAGACUGUCAUCCUUUCAGGAAGGCAAGGGAUGAAAUAUCUCUAAAACCCAUAGAAGUCAGGAAGAAAGUUCCGCCUGGACAGUCAUGCUCAGAUGCAGAAAUCGAGUACAGAAGAGCUAGGAGUUUGAGAGAAGCCAAUGGUGUGCUGUCAUGGCGCAGCACCCUGGCAAGGCAACUACAGUAGCGACGUGCAAAUAUGCAGGAUAAGUUAGAAUCCAGAGUCCCCCUGGCCUAGCAUGCAUCGAUUUGAGCUGUUGUUAGAAGUAAAAUCUUUAGUUGAAGAGUAGCCCGUCCUGUAUUUCUGGGGAUUUAUACCGCCGGAUGCUCUGGAUAUGUGACUAGCAGCCUGUAUUCUAUUUGAACUCCAAGUUCCUCUUUUGUACUGUACUGAAUUUCUGGGGAUUUCUACCGCCAGAUGAUGCUCUGGAUAUGUGACAAGCAGUAUGUAUUCUAUAUUUAAA